AUGGCAUCGACUUCAACUUCUUCAUCCUCUUCACAAAGCUCAUCCAUCUUUGAUGAUCCUUCAAAUCCUUUGUACUUGCACCACGGAGAUAGCCGUGGUGCCAUGCUUGUGUAUCAACCUCUUGUGGGAGAAAAUUACCCAACUUGGGCAAGAUCAAUGCAAAUGGCAUUGAUUGCCAAGAACAAGUUAGGGUUUAUUGAUGGCAAAUUGACUCUCAUCUCCAAUGGUCAUGACACCAUCGGCAAUUCAAGCUUGGAUUUGCUGCAACAAAAUAGUUGCUUUGUAGAUCCUCAAUUCCAUUUCUCAAGAAAUUACUACAAAUUUCGAUAUUUUUGGUUGCAAAAUUUGUUGCCAACAAUAGCUCAAACCCUGGCAGUUGGAUAUGGAAUGGAAAAAAAUCCAACUCCAGACUUCCCUAUGCAGCUUUCCAUUGCAUCACUCUUCCCAGCCUACAACUUUGACCCUGAAACUAAUGCUAGUUCAGAAUCCAAUGAAAUACCUCCAAAUUUUUCUCUUUAUUCCAAUUUCAUAAUGCCAUUAUUCCCACCAGCUAGGUCUCAAACAGACAAUGUUUCCGAAAAUGAUGAAAUAAAUUUGACUGAUCCUUCCAUAUCAGCAUUAGCAACGCCUAAAAGACACACAAUCCAGACAAGCAGCUUCAGAGAUGUAUUGGAUGCUUCAAGAGCUGGUAGUGAGAGGAAACGUGUUUUGAAUCGAGCGGAUCUAAUCAGUGCCAAUAACUCAAUACAUGUACAGAAGCCUGGGGGUGUAAAAUUCAAUAUAAAGGAAACCCUCGAGGCCACAAGGAAUUUCUCCCUCUCUUUUGAGAUCGGACAAGGUGGGUUUGGAAAAGUCUUCAAGGGGAGACUCAAAGAUGGAACCUUGGUUGCGGUAAAACGUUCGAAGAAGAGUGUAUAUGAUAAGUAUUUAGAAGUGGAAUUCCAGAGUGAGAUUCAAACUCUAGCGAAGGUGGAACAUUUGAAUCUGGUCAAGUUUUAUGGAUAUUUGGAGCAAGAAGAUGAAAAUAUUGUUGUUUUGGAGUAUGUUCCCAAUGGAACCCUCAGAGAACAUUUGGAUUGUAUUCGUGGCAAUAUUCUGAGCCUUGCUGCACGGCUAGAUAUUGGAAUUGAUGUGGCCCAUGCCAUCACCUAUCUUCAUAUGUAUACAGAUCACCCUAUCAUUCAUAGAGACAUAAAAUCUUCCAACAUUCUCCUCAGGGAAAACUUUAGAGCCAAGAUAGCCGACUUUGGUUUUGCUACACUGGCAGCUGACAAUGAUUCAGGUGUUAAAGGAACUACUGGCUACUUGGACCCAGAGUACCCCAGAACCUCUCAGUUUACUGAGAAGAGUGAUGUGUUUUCAUUUGGUGUGUUAUUGGUUGAACUAGUCACGGGCAGGCGUUCAAUCAAAACAAAACAAGAACUGAAGGAGCGGAUAACGGCAAAAUGGUAUGAUUCUGUUAAGACUUUUCUUUUGGUCGCUAGCAAUUUUGAAAUUUGAUUAACAAUUUCCUGCAAAAACAGAGUAAAAGAAACUUCCAUGACUGUUUAACAAAAAUCCAUAUGAUUAUCUUCACACGUCCAUCAAAGUAUCUUACCUAGCCUUUGCAACAAUUUUCCAACUCUUUCCUUCUUUUAACUGGAUAAGUUACACUUGAACAUUUUCCAAAACUAAGAAAAUUCUUUACCCUAAUGCGACUUGAUUUUAAGUUCAGGCCAUGAAGAAGUUUACUGAUUGAGAAGCUAUUUCAACCUUGGACCCAAAGCUGGCAUGUGAUGCUGCAAAUAUCUUAGCCGUUGAUAAGAUUCUUGAACUAGCCUUACAAUGUUUGGCUACAUGUAGCCAGAAUCGGCCUAGCAUGAGGAGGUGUGCAGGAAUCCUUUGGCGUAUCCGUAAAGAGUACAGAGAGGCAUUAGCUUCAGAUGUCAGUUCACUCUCAUCCUAUUCCAUGAG